GAUCCCUCGUUCAUAAUCUCACCUGGACCAGAAAGCAGGUGCUCUAAUACUCACACUCUCACACUCAAACCCCGGAUUUAUCUGCUUACACCGCAGUAAAGGUACUGAAUAAUUUGCCUUACGAUUUGGUCACAAAUUCCGAUGGACAAACCAGAAAUGCACCCCGGAGAAUAAGAGUUCAAGGACCAGAGUUCAUGACGAUGCCGAAGCACGAUUAAUUUGCAAUGCCAAAAAGUGACACGUGGCCGGGUGGCAUUGCCACGGAGACAGUGGGAGAGAUGGACAGUGCUGAGAGCUGUGACAGUGUGGUCAGCAUCAACUCUUGUUUUAGUGAUGACAGCCUGCAGUAUCUCUCUGCAGAAGAGAAGGCUUGUCUCAUGUUCUUGGAGGAGACCAUUGAGUCUCUAGACACUGAGGAUGACAGUGGUCUGUCCAAUGAUGAAGCUGAAAGUCUUCCUGUCCCUGGAAAUGUGGCCAUCAAAACAGCUCAUCUUUCUACUUCCAUGAACCAGAACAAGCCUAAAGAUGUCCCAAAGCAUUACAUUGAUGAUCCUCGGAUGUUUGGCAGCUCAGAGCACAACCAAAUCCUGAAUUACUUGGUUCCGACUCCUUUUGUUCUGGCAAACAACAAUGCUCAUAUCCCUCCCAAAUCAGCCGAUUCCAAAGAGAAACUGCCAUCCAAAGAAGUGAUCUCUCACAAAAGUGACAGGGAUGGUCCUCGUGUUCCAUCAGAGGUGAAUGUAAUCGUGAUUCCUCCUCCAGUCAUGGUCAAAAGCAGCAACGAGAGAGAUCGAGGACUGCAGAAUGACCAGUCCCCUCGGGGGCCUCUGACCUAUGAGGGUCUGGUGCAGCUGCGUAAGAAGGUAGCCUUGAGAAGAAACCUUGAAGACGAGAAACGGCCUUCGACACAUUCCAACAAUGGAACCAAAGUGUUCUCUCAGAACAUCCAACCAAGAGAAAACCAGGGCAGUAAGAACAAUCCUCCAGCCGUGGCCCCCAAACCCAAAAAGAUACCCUCUCACAUAGCUGUUCUGAAUCACAAGGGAACCACUGCUUCUACUGCAGACUCUACUAUGCAUUGUUUAUCUACCUCUCCUGGAAGUAGAGGUCUGAUGAAACCAGAGAAAGUGAGACUGGAUGCUUUAUCUAAACUGGGUCUCCUGAAGGAAUCUGAUUCAAAACCUUCUACCAUAGGCCACCACUCUGAAGGUCUACAGCCUUCCUCUGGUUCAGUUCCAGGCUUGUCCCAGACCAGGCCACUUCCUCCUUGUGAGGCUGUAAGGAACCAAGAAUCGAGGAACCAACCAAGCCAAGCCAGGAGCGUUCUCCACCAUCGUUCCAUGACUGACCUAGCUACAGUUCCUCCUCAACUGCAUCAUGUCAAGCUUGCGGGGGGUAAAGCUGCCACCCUGGAGAGGUCUGGGAUGGGUUGGGGUAGCAGCAUGUCCAGCUAUGAGAUUUCAGAGUGUCAAAGCUCAGCAGCUUCUCAGAACCACCUACGAUGUUCCUCCACAGUGGUCAGCACUAGCAACCUUGGAAACAUCCAGACAGGCAGAACCACUGUGUCUACUGACAAAGCCCAAGCAGCAUCAGGACAAUCGUCCACUGUCCCUCCAGUACCCCACAAACCGUUACAUGCUCUAGGCCUAAAUGUUCUGGUGGUUCCCAACAUGGGAGAGGAUCGGAGAGAGGCUCUAAGAAAGCUCGGACUGCUCAAGAACUGAAUAUUUGUAACUCGUUGCAGCGCUGAAUGGAAGAAUUCUUGUUUUGACCAUUGCCCAGUUUCUUUUUCACAAUACAGAUGUUCCAGAAUUGAUUAACA